UUUAGCGGGACGCCAUUUUGCUCCUGGACGCGGAGGGAGAGCAGAGGAGGUUGAAGGGAUCGAGCAGCUGAACGUGUUCACAGGCACCAUGGCGGCUGAAGGGAAAGACGGCUUCAGGAUGAAGAGCUACAAGAACAAAGCCUUGAAUCCUCAGGAGAUGCGUCGGAGAAGAGAGGAGGAAGGUAUCCAGCUGCGCAAGCAAAAAAGAGAGGAGCAGCUGUUCAAGAGGAGAAAUGUAUCUGUACCUACAAGUGAAGAAUCGAUGCUGGAAUGUCCAAUUCAGGAUCCAGACGUCAGCUCCACAGUACCUGUCGCCGGUGAUGGGAUAAUAACUCCAGACAUGAUUCAGAUGAUCUUUUCUGAAGACCCAGACCAGCAGCUCAUUGCUACUCAGAAAUUCAGAAAAUUACUCUCAAAAGAAGGGAUGAGUUCUGAUCUGUUCUCCUGCACAGAGCCUAACCCACCCAUAGAUGAGGUCAUUUCCACUCCCGGUGUUGUGAAUCGCUUUGUGGAAUUCCUGAAGAGGAGUGAAAACUGCACACUGCAGUUUGAGGCAGCCUGGGCACUGACCAACAUUGCCUCAGGUACCUUCCUUCACACCAAGGUGGUGAUUGAAACCGGAGCUGUUCCUAUUUUCAUUGAGCUGCUCAACUCUGAGUAUGAGGAUGUCCAGGAACAGGCCGUAUGGGCACUGGGGAACAUAGCAGGAGAUAAUGCUGAGUGCAGAGACUAUGUGCUGAACUGUGGGAUCCUGCCGUCUCUACAGCAGCUACUUGCCAAAUCCAACCGUCUCACAACAACCCGCAAUGCAGUGUGGGCUCUGUCCAACCUUUGCCGGGGGAAGAACCCUCCACCGGACUUUGCCAAGGUAUCUCCUUCUCUCAGUGUGUUGUCCAGGCUUCUGUUCAGCAGUGAUCCAGAUGUGCUGGCUGACGCUUGCUGGGCUCUGUCCUACCUUUCUGACGGCCCCAAUGAGAAGAUCCAGACGGUCAUAGACUCCGGGGUGUGCCGCAGACUGGUGGAGCUGCUCAUGCACAGCGACUAUAAGGUGGUUUCUCCUGCUUUACGUGCGGUGGGCAAUAUUGUAACAGGAGAUGACAUCCAGACUCAGGUAAUCUUGAACUGUUCAGCACUGCCGUGUUUACUGCACCUCCUCAGCAGUCCCAAGGAGUCCAUCAAGAAGGAGGCGUGCUGGACUGUGUCUAACAUCACAGCAGGAAACAGGGCUCAGAUUCAGAAUGUGAUUGAUGCCAACAUCUUCCCGGUACUCAUUGAAAUUCUUCAGAAGGCCGAGUUCCGCACAAGGAAGGAGGCAGCGUGGGCCAUUACUAACGCCACCUCCGGGGGCACUCCUGCACAGAUACGGUAUCUGGUGUCUCUGAAUGCCAUUAAACCCAUGUGUGACCUGCUGACUGUGAUGGAUUCCAAGAUCGUGCAGGUGUCUCUCAACGGCCUUGAGAACAUCCUCAGACUGGGAGAACAGGAGGCCAAACAGAACGGAACAGGCAUCAACCCUUAUUGUGCUCUCAUUGAGGAGGCUUAUGGCCUAGACAAGAUCGAGUUCCUGCAGAGCCAUGAGAAUCAGGAGAUCUACCAGAAGGCCUUUGACCUGAUUGAGCACUACUUUGGCGUGGAGGAGGAGGAUGCCAGCCUGGUUCCACAGGUGGACCAGAGUCAAGGCCAGUUUGUCUUCCAGCAACAGGAAGGGCCCAUGGAGGGUUUCCAGCUUUAACCCGACCUCCUUCAUCCUGGUCUCUGAGCCUCGGCCUGCUGGCCGGCAGACUCUCCUGGGAUCUCAUCUCUGCUGGGCCAGCUCCACCAGCUCCUCCCCACAUGGCCUAUUCUGUGGCUUCACAACAAUGCAUACUCUGUAGAGACGCAGAGAUCUGUGGAUAAGGAGAUAGAAAGUGACAGCUCAUUUGGGUCCUUGAUUCCGUUUGAGACUGUGGGAGCCUGAAUGGAAGGGUCAGCUCUGCUGGUUUCCUCUCCCUUGAUGAAAGGCCGAUGCCAUGGAAAGCCAAUUCACUUUAAGAAGAAUUCUCUGUUUUAGCGCUACAAUAUGAUAUUCCUUUGACUUCCUGAUAUAUUUUCUUUAUCAUUCUAAAUGAAGUUAAUAUUUAUGUUUCAAUUAGAAUCUACUGUCUCCAAAUCAGCAUCCAUAUCCCUUUUUUGAAUGUGAAACUACCUCUUUAGUCUUCGGAGAGAAAGAAAAUGAAAGAAGUGGGGAGGCUAUUAUGGCUUAUUUCCAAUCUUGAAAGAUUCAGUGUGUAGUGGCUGACCUGUCAGCAGGCUGUGGGCAGGCAUUGGCCGUAAAUACAGUAUUACUGUACAUCCUGGUCUUUCCAUACUUCUGUAAGUCUGAAGCGGCUGCAUGUGCUCUCUGGAUUCUUUGUCCUCUCCCGUGAAAACAACUGGAGACUCGAGGUUUUUUUAUUUAUUUGUCUUCUGAGAGCAGUGAGGGAGCCCCUGAGUCUCUUCUGAAGGCAGCGGCUUCCUGGAUCACGUCACUGCCCUACUGUUCCGAGUGAGACUGUGACAGUGUUGAGUGAGACUGUGACAGUGCUGGCUGCGACUGCUUUUGUUUUUGCUGCUUUCUUUGAGUGGUCUUUAUUUCAGAAAGCAGUAUGAGAGCAGGCCAGGUCCUGUCAGUUAUACGAUGCAGUCUGUGCAACAGCCCUGUGACUUAAAUGAGAUCUGUUUUCUGUUUGUCUCUCUGAAUAAGCAUCAUGGUUUAUCUUGUUUUCUUUCUGGCUGCAAUCAUUUCCUUCUUGUGAUGGGAUUCGUCAACUGAUUAGGGAGGUUUUGUAUAUUAUAUAUACAUGUAAGAAAGUGUAAAAGUAUUUAAGUGGCAACAGGAAGGUGUGAUGAGUGGUUAUGUUUUCUGUCUUGUAAUGCAUUAUUAGUGAAUUCAGUCACUGUGUUCACACACCACUCAUCCUGAAUCACUACUUUUCCUUUUCAAUGACCCAGACAGUUUUUUAGUUUUGAGGUUGUUUUUUUUCCUUCUAGGCUGUUAUACUUAAAUCUUUAUUUUUCCGUGUUCUCGUUUCGUGGUUAGUCUAAAGAUGGAAGCGCAGUGUUUUUGUUCCUACUUUUGGCUCCACCCCUGAACUAUGAUUUGACCAUUUUUUUUUUAUCACAUGCAUUUAAGUACAAAAACAAUAAUUGGUGGAGAACCAAACAUGAAAGGAAUCUAUAUUUAUGUGAAAUGGAAAAUGUUUGUAAUGCAGAAAUUACAUCAAGCACAUUGAAUUGUGUAUAGUUUUCUAAUAUUUCUGGUUUGUAUAAUUGUAUAAUUUUUUUUUUAGUUUUUCGUAGUGUCUUUGUUUUCCCCCUGAAUUUGCUGUGUCGUUGUGGCUCUCAGUAGAAAUGUGUUAGAAGUCCAGCAGCUCGUGUAGGAGUGACCUGCUGUAUGCAGCCACAGUCUGUGCUUCCUAACACCGACUGGAUGACGGAGGUGUGACAGUGAUCCUGGUAUCUCUCGUGAUGCCUGUGGGGUGACACACGCUUACAUUGUGUAACAAGAAUUAAUAAACUGAUCUGUUGGCUGCAAACCUUA